AUUCAGCACUCUAGCAAGAAGACUGAACAUCUUCGUAGGCGAACAUAUGGCCCACCAAGUCACCUUAUAUCGUCCUCCGACUUGGAUGACAAAAACAUUUUGUACAUACGCAAUCUGAGUAUGGAGAUUGUGCACCACCAGGUAUUUGAGCUGUUCAGCUCCUUUGGCAAUCUGAAGCGUGUCUACGUGCAUCAACGCUCCGAUAACUACAAGUACGCGAUGAUAAUUUACAUUAGUGAAGAGUCCGUGAAACGAGCCCUGUCUGCCAAUCCGCAUAGGCUGAACGACAAGAAAUACAUUUGCCAGCAGGCCAACCCCUGGCACUUGGGGCACUUCAAAAUCGACAGCCAACUGUCUGCAUCCAUAGAUACAACAAACUCCCGAGAUCGGUUCCGAAUGCGACUACCUUACGGCGUCGUAAUGCGCUCUUAUUUUUACGAGUCGCAUCCAAGCCCAAGCCAGAGCAGCAGAGCUGAUGGCGAGCCGAAGAAAAGAUCUGCCCUGCUGCCGAACCUCUGCUUGGCCCUCUUACAUUACACAGACACUAAGCAGCCCCUACCAAAGUCUGAAUGCAAAACGGAGCCAGCGCCAGUGAUGAGCUAUCAACAGCAGCUCUUUGCCGGCAUGGACAAGAGCUACAGGUUUGAGCGCCACAGCUACACGAAUUUCGUGGCCUACCAGAAGAAGCCUGGCCACUACGAAUCGGUGCCCAUCGACCUUGAAGUGGGACUGACAGCUAUAGCCUAUGCAGAUAUUCGCGAUAAGCUAGAGUUAAUAUCAUUUCAUUAUCGCUGACAAUGCAAAAUGA